AUGCUGGCAAGUCUACUCCCGUUAUUGAUUGCCACUUGGCUUGUCGGGUUCUGUGCUGCCCAUCCUUUCGAACAUGAUGAAAUAGACCGGUUUCAAGACUCCAUUGUGAAGAAGAUUACCAACAACACAAAUCUUAAGCUGUCGCGAUGCAGCGAUCACCUCAAAAAGCGUGGAAUUCAGGCUCGUGCUGAGCUUCGUCGCGCUGCCCUGCUAAACGCGUAUCGACAAGAACAUCUUGGCGCAAGCUUAACGACUAGCGUACAUAAUUAUAGGGACUUGGAUCCCUUCGCAUCCUCCGCGCUCGAAGAGCGAAGCUGUGUUCUCACCCCCGAAGCAACCAUCGGGCCCUUUUGGGUUCGUGGAGAAUUUAUUCGAUCAAAUAUCACAGAUGGCGAGGCCGGGAUUCCGCUGUUUCUGGAUGGUCAUUUCAUCAAUGUCAAUACCUGCGAGCCGAUCGAGGACUUAUAUUGGGAGAUCUGGAGCUGCAAUUCAGCCGGACAAUAUUCUGGUGUUCAGGAACACCAUGGUAGCCCUCUUUCUAAUCUCAACACAACCUUUUUGCGAGGUUUGCAGAAGACAGAUAAGGAUGGAUCCACUCAGUUCAAGACCAUCUUUCCUGGCCACUACGACGGACGAGCAACUCAUAUCCAUGUCCUUGCCCAUGUUGGAGCUACUGUCCUCCCCAACAAUACCCUCACUGGGGGCCAUGUUCCACACAUCAGUCAGCUCUUCUUCGAACAAGACUUGAUUACAGCUGUUGAAGCAACCGAACCCUAUCGCAUGAAUAAGGCUCAUAUUACCUUGAACUCAGAUGAUGGUAUCUUCACUUCCGCCACGGGAGGAGGAAAAUAUGACCCUAUCCUCAGCUACACCAUGCUCGGUGAUAAGUUGUCCGAUGGAAUUUUCGCCUCUGUGGCCAUGGGAAUUGACGUUUUGGCAAGCUACCGAGCCCCAUAUGCAGCAGAGCUGACUGACCAUGGUGGUGUAUCUCACAGAAAUGGCUGGCUUGAGUUCUUACCUAGCUAUGAACAGAUCUUUACAUGGUUUCAGGAUGUGAUGUACAGGAUUUGGGUCUUAUUUCUUUGGUGA